ACGUUCCCCUGGCGUCACGUGCUCAGCAGCUUUAAUGUUGUGACGCGCGGUGAUGACGUAGACGGUUCCGAUGGCUCUCAGAGCCGAGGAGGGAGGAAACCCUUCAGACCCCGUGCCGCGCACGUAGAACCGAACGUAUCUCCCGAUGUACAUGAGGCAUUUUGCCCGGUUGUUUUCAGCUAUGGCUGGGCCCAGGCCUGUGGUGUUCAGCGGUCCGUCCGGGGCAGGGAAGAGCACUCUGCUGAAGAAGCUCAUGAAGGAAUAUGACAGUGUCCUUGGCUUCAGCGUAUCCCAUACAACAAGAAAUCCUCGACCCGGAGAAGAGAACGGCAAAGAUUACCACUACGUCACACGGGAGGUGAUGCAGGCAGCCAUCAACAAAGGUGAAUUCAUCGAGAGCGCGGUGUUUUCAGGGAACAUGUACGGGACGAGCAAAGCUGCCGUGCAAGACGUCCAGGCCAAGAACCUCAUCUGUAUACUUGACAUUGACAUGCAGGGUGUGAAGAACAUCAAAGGGACAGACCUGAAUCCCAUCUACAUCUCAAUCCAGCCACCGUCCAUGGCCGUCUUGGAAAAACGUUUAAGAGACAGAAAAACGGAGUCCGAGGAGAACCUCCAGAAGCGACUGCAUGCAGCAAUGUUGGAAAUGGAUUUCAGUAAAGAACCUGGUGUGUUCGAUGCGAUAGUUGUCAAUGAUAAUUUGGAGGAAGCUUACGGCCAAUUAAAACAGGCUCUUCUUGAGGAAAUUAACAAUGUCAAGAAAAUCAACAUGUCUUCGUAGGAGACUGCAACACCCCAGCACCUUUUCUUUGGUCCCGUCCAGCCACUCCUCACUGAACCACAGACCUCCAUUCCAGUUGUGUACAUUCCCUCAGAUGAUGGUCUGUGUGCAGGUUUUUACAUAGUGUGUAGAGGUAUAUGAUAACAUACUGCAAAGUGGAACUUUUUUAUUUUAAUAUAUAUCUUUAUUUUGAGUUGUAUGGGGGGGAAAGAUACUCCAAUAAUCCUUACUUGAUAUUGUGACUGACAGUGUAGAAUGUUCUCUGUUAGACAGUAUUUACUGAACACAGAUAGACAGAUAUGCCGCUUGCAUCUCGGUCCUGUCACCAACACGGACGGACACAAACAGGAGGUGACUCAUUCCAUCUUGUGGAUUGACUGGUUUGGUCGACUUUAGUGAUCGGUCACAUAAUGUUCUCCAUUCGUGUUUGGUUUGCAGGAUAAUGAUGAACACUGAUGUACUGUGGUAGGAUUAAAUCCCAUGUUGGAAAAUAUAGUUUAGAGCAAAAGUAAUGGUACGUCUUAUGUCAUUUAGAAUAUAGCUUAUUAUUAUUUUGUGGGUCUCUGGCCGAUUAGAUCAGCUGUUCCUUUCUCAGCUGUAAAUUUGUAUAACCUUUUUAUACUGUGUAGCUUUUUCACUUGACAGCGUCAGGUGCAGGUUAAAAUGACACUCGCUGGACUUUUUUGAUUUUUAAGGAGAAACUUUGUAACUUUGAAGGCAGGUGAAAUUGCAUGCUUAUUUUUUUUUUAUACUAAUCAUGAUCAAGCACACGAUACACUAACCUGAAAGCUAAGAAAAACUGUUAUAAUCCAUUUGUACAUUGGCAUUUUUUUUAAUUUGUUACAUUUUUCAAUUACAUGGAUGUUGAAAAUACCCAGAUAUUCUGUUUAGGCAACCUGUAACACCCAUUCCUGUUUGCAGAGAUUUCUGCAUUCCUGUUAUAACCAUUAAUCACUCAGUGUCCAUGUGAAUAAUGCACUGUGCUAAUGUUCUAUCAUGUUGAUUGCGACGCAUCCUCCGGUUUGCCAUUCAACCGAAACCAGCUAUUACAGUGUUGCGCUUGUUGUGGAAAAAAUAUGUCAUCGUGUGUUGAGUCCAUUAAAUGUCCAGCAGUGAGACAGUUACCUGUUGAAACUCCAAUAAAUAUAUUAAAACACGCGAAAGAAAGGA